AUGAUCACAGUCAACCCCGAUGGGAAGAUAAUGGUCAGAAGAUGCCUGGUCACCCUGAGACCCUUUCGGCUUUUUGUCCUGGGCAUCGGCUUCUUCUCACUCUGCUUCCUGAUGACGUCUCUGGGAGGCCAGUUCUCAGCCCGGCGCCCGGGGGACUCCCCCUUCACUGUCCGCACAGAAGUGAUGGGCGGGCCGGAGUCCCGCGGUGUCCUCCGCAAGAUGAGUGACCUGUUGGAGCUGAUGGUGAAGCGCAUGGACACGCUGGCCAGACUGGAGAACAGCAGUGAGCUGCACCGGGCUGCCGGCGACAGGCACUUCCCUGUGGACAGGCUACCCCCCGGGGCCGGCCUCAUGGAGCGGAUCCAGGCCAUAGCCCAGAACGUCUCAGACAUCGCCGUGAAGGUGGACCAGAUCCUGCGCCACAGCCUGCUCCUGCACAGCAAGGUGUCUGAAGGCCGGCGGGACCAGUGUGAGGCACCCAGCGACCCCAAGUUCCCUGACUGCUCAGGGAAAGUAGAGUGGAUGCGUGCCCGCUGGACCUCUGACCCCUGCUACGCCUUCUUCGGGGUGGACGGCACCGAGUGCUCUUUCCUCAUCUACCUCAGUGAGGUCGAGUGGUUCUGCCCUCUGCUGCCCUGGAGGAACCAGACGGCCACCCAGAGAGCCCGCAAGCCCCUCCCCAAAGUCCAGGCAGUUUUCCGGAGCAAUCUAUCCCACCUCCUGGAGCUGAUGGGCAGCGGGAAGGAGUCUCUAAUCUUCAUGAAGAAGCGUACCAAGCGGCUCACGGCCCAGUGGGCACUGGCUGCCCAGCGCCUGGCGCAGAAGCUGGGGGGUGUCCGGAGGGACCAGAAGCAGAUCCUUGUCCACAUCGGCUUCCUGACGGAGGAGUCUGGGGAUGUGUUCAGCCCGCGGGUGCUGAAGGGCGGGCCUCUGGGGGAGAUGGUGCAGUGGGCAGACAUCCUGGCUGCUCUCUACGUCCUGGGCCACGGCCUCCGGAUCACAGUGUCCCUGAAGGAGCUGCAGAGUAACUUAGGGGUGCCGCCAGGCCGGGGGAACUGCCCGCUCACCAUGCCCCUGCCUUUCGACCUCAUCUACACUGACUACCACGGACUGCAGCAGAUGAAGCAGCACAUGGGACUCUCCUUCAAGAAGUACCGGUGCCGCAUCCGGGUCAUCGACACCUUCGGGACAGAACCUGCGUACAACCACGAGGAGUAUGCCACGCUGCACGGCUACCGGACAAACUGGGGCUACUGGAACCUCAACCCUAAGCAGUUCAUGACCAUGUUCCCUCACACCCCGGACAACUCCUUCAUGGGCUUCGUGUCCGAGGAGCUCAACGAGACGGAGAAGCAGCUCAUUAAAGGCGGCAAGGCCAGCAACAUGGCCGUGGUGUACGGCAAGGAGGCGAGUAUCUGGAAGCUCCAGGGGAAGGAGAAGUUCCUGAGCAUCCUGAACAAGUACAUGGAGAUCCACGGCACCGUGUACUACGAGAGCCAGCGGCCCCCCGAAGUCCCGGCCUUCGUGAAGAACCACGGCCUCUUGCCGCAGCCUGAGUUCCAGCAGCUGCUGCGCAAGGCCAAACUCUUCAUAGGGUUUGGCUUCCCCUAUGAGGGCCCUGCCCCGCUGGAGGCCAUCGCCAACGGCUGCGUCUUCCUGCAGUCUCGCUUCAGCCCGCCCCACAGCUCGCUCAACCAUGAGUUCUUCCGGGGCAAACCCACCUCCAGAGAGGUGUUCUCCCAGCAUCCCUACGCAGAGAACUUCAUUGGCAAGCCCCACGUGUGGACCGUCGACUACAACAACUCAGAGGCGCUUGAAGCGGCCAUCAAGGCCAUCAUGAGAACCCAGGUGGACCCCUACCUGCCCUACGAGUACACGUGUGAGGGGAUGCUGGAGCGGGUCCAUGCCUACAUCCAGCACCAGGACUUCUGUGCAGCCCCAGGCCCUGCCCCCGCAGGGGCCCAAGCCCCGGAGAGCCCCUUCAUCCUGGCCCCCAACGCCACUCACCUCAAGUGGGCCCGCAACGCCAGCUUGGCCCCCGGGGCCUGGCCCCCAGCGCACUCUCUCCGGGCCUGGCUGGCCGCCGCUGGGAGGGCCUGCACGGAUGCCUGCCUGGACCACGGGCUGAUCUGCGAGCCCUCCUUCUUCCCCUUCCUCAACAGCCAGGACGCCUUCCAGACGCUGCAGGUGCCCUGUGAUGGCACCGAGUCGGAGAUGAACCACCUGUACCCGGCCUUUGCCCAGCCGGGCCAGGAGUGCUUCCUACAGAAAGAGCCUCUGCUCUUCAGCUGCGCCGGCUCCAGCACCAAGUACCGCCGGCUCUGCCCCUGCCGAGACUUCCGCAAGGGCCAGGUGGCCUUGUGCCAGGACUGUCUGUGAGGGCGCCCACCCGGCUGGCCCUCCC